GGUCAAAAAGAAAGUGGGCGUGUUUUACGGUAGCUACACGCGUGGGGACCCAGUCUUCGAUUUACUGACGACGUUUGCUAGUUUAAAUUCUCACCUUGAAGUAGUUUAGGAGUCAGUUUCCUUAUUAUCUGGCUAAAUAGUGCACGGCAGUACAAAAACGUGGACUAAAGCAACAUCAUCCGGGUUAUAUUCCGCGACGUUUGGGCGCCUGCUAACAAUUUAGCACAUCGGCACCAGCGUGGAUUUUGGCGGAAGUUCAUUGGGUGAAACGAUCGGCGCCAUCUUCUGCACCAAAGUCGUGACAUUGUCAGAAAAAUAACAAAAGAUCACUUCCAUUGCUCUCACACAGUGAUUGAAAGUGACAAAUAAUGGAGAGUUUGAGCAAGUAAAACUGCCGCAAUGGCUUCCAUCCUUGGACUUCCGCCACGAAGCUCGAAUGUUACAAUCCUGAUUACCAGGGUUCACUCAUAUCCCAUUUGUGGGCUCAUAGAAUUCUGGGCCAAUUUUGCCCAGGCAAGGGCAGCGGAAUAUCAAUCCCUGGCCAAAAACAUUCAGUCUCCUGCAAACGCAUUUCCGGAGUUUGAAGGAAAUCCUGGUGACUUGUGCUUGGUUCAGAUCGAUGGUACAUGGUAUAGGUCCCGCAUAGUCACAAGAAAUGGAUCCAACUGCAAAGUCUUCCUCAUUGACGAAGGGAUCACAUGUAGCACCACCACAAAGUUAUUGGCUUUGGGUAAGAGGGAGCACUUCCACCUGUCACCUGCAGUGGAGUUAUGUGUGCUUGCCAAUGUAUUUCCACUGUCUCCUGAAAAUAGGUGGUCUUCAGUCGCACUUGAAUUCCUGCAGUCUCUUCGAGGACAGACAGUAAAGGCACAUGUGCAAGAUGUACUAGUACAUGAAAGAAAGCUUCUUCUGGACAUCCCAUGCAUAUCCAGACAAAUGUAUGAAAUGGGAUUAGCGAAGAAACUGGAACCAAGCGUGUUCCUGGACUUUGUUCUCAAGUCACUAAAGCCUAAAAGUGAAGCUGAAAAUUUUUUUCAAACCUCCAUGGGCGAAGUCAAGCAAUUGAACAAGGAGGAGUUGUACAUGUAUCCAGAGGUGUCAGCAGGAGCUGUAGAGACUGUUGUAGUGACAGAAGUGACCAAUCCACAGCGGGUUUUCUGCCAGUUGAAGGUUUUUUCUCAAGAGUUAAAUAAACUCUCGGAGCAAAUCACACAGCGCUGUAGGGGCACAAAGGUUAAUUGCAUUGUAGAUCCUGAAAUGAUAGGAUUUCCUUGUGCUGCAAGGGGAAAUGAUGGCAAUUGGUACCGCUGUGUUCUACAACAAGUAUUUCCAGUAAACCAGAUGGUGGAAGUACUCAAUGUUGACUAUGGUACAAAACAAUUGGUUCAAAUAGCAAAUGUAAGACCACUGGCUCCAGAGUUCUUCAGAAUGCCUGUUGUGACCUAUGUAUGUUCACUCCAUGGAAUUAUUGACAAAGGGAUUGGAUGGACAAGCACUCAGAUUUCAUAUCUCAAGUCCCUACUCUUGCACAAGACUCUCAUUGCCAAAUUCCAGUACCAAAGUAUCUCAGAGGGUGUUUACUAUGUUUCACUCUAUGGUGAUGAAAAUAAAAACCUCAACAACAUGUUUUGUUCUAAGGAGAACACUCUGCAGGAGAGUGAAAAAACACUUGAUUAUGCUAUUGGAAACGGGGAAUACAGCAGCCAGCAUCACUCACCAGGACAAAGGGAUACCAGUAAGAUGCUGUGUUCUUCUGGCCUUGCUGAAAGGAAUGAGAUUGAAAAAACAUCCCAAAUCUUCACACAAUAUUCAGAAGCUGGAUUCUUGGGUGUUUGCGGAAACAGUGAGGUUUCUUUUCCGACCCAGAAUGUUGACCCCUCAAGCAAAGAGUUACAAAUUGGAAAGUUCAAGGAACAUAUGUUUCCUAUUGGUACUGUCCUUGAUGUCAGCGUGUCUUACAUUGAGAGCCCAAAUGAUUUUUGGUGCCAACUCGCCCGGAACUCUUGGCAGCUGAAAUUGCUAAUGCAUAGCAUACAAGCACACUAUGCAGGCAGCAUUUAUGAGCCUCUUACAGAAGCAGUUUGUGUUGUUCACCACCCUGACAAUGGAAUCUGGUACCGAGCCCGUGUAAUUCACAAACACGAAACAACUCAUGUGACUGUUCUUUUUGUGGACUACGGCCAAACAAAGACAGUCCCUCUCCACGAACUGAGGACGAUCAAUGCUGAAUUUCUUAAUCUGCACAGUCAAGCAUUUCGAUGCAGUCUAUUUAACCCUCCCAAAUUUAUGUCAGUUGUAAAUGAUUGGAAUGAUGAGGCAAAGGAGAAGUUUUACAAAUUUGUGGAAACUGCUGCCUCCAACUCUGUGACAUUAAAGUGCACCAUAUAUGCAGUCAUGUACAAUGAAAAGAAAAUAGCAUUGAACAUUGUGGACCUAGAAACCCCCUUUGAGAGCAUCUCUGAAAGUAUGGCCACUCUUGCCCAUAGCGCGCCUGGCAGGACAGUCCCCAGACCAUCUUUCCGCCUGGACACAUAUUACUACUCAACACACAAUAUCAAAACUGGAAUUGAAGAACAAGUUACAGUCACAUGUGUAAACAGUGUCAGUCAGUUCUACUGCCAACUUGAGAGGAAUGCUGAUGUUCUAAAGGACCUUAAUGUGAAGGUCAACAAUCUCUGCCAUCAGCUUGGCAUUGUGGAGCCCCCAACAGUAUUUGGGAAAUUGUGCUUUGCAAAGUACACUGAUGGGCUGUGGUACAGGGCACAGAUCAAGGCCACUAAGCCAUCAAUCCUGGUUCACUUUGUUGAUUAUGGCGAUACAGCUAAAGUGGACAAAUCGGACUUGCUUCCAGUGCCCAAAGAGGCCAAUGACAUAAUGUCUAUACCUGUACAAGCAGUAGUGUGCGGUCUCUCUGAUGUCCCAACAGAUGUUCCCAGUGAGGUGAAUAACUGGUUUAAAACAUCCGUGACAGAAUGUAAAUUCCAAGUUCUAGUCGUAGCCAAAGAACCCAGUGGGAAUCUACUGGUUGAACUUUAUCACAAAAACACUCAAAUCAAUUCAAAGAUGAAGACAAUCUUUCAGCUAGAGAUGAAGACUGAAGGUCAAGUUCUCUGUCAGCGUCAGAAAGCUCUUGAGACUCCUUAUGCAAAUAAGGAAAAAGAAGCAAUAUCUGUUUUCUACUCAAGUCAUGUACCUGACCCAAAACCAGCACAUAAAGUAAGACAAGCUACACAAUCUUCAAGACAGAAUUUGAACAAUGAUCAGAGGGUUAAAACCUCACAAGAACUGUACCAAACACCACACCAAAGGCAACAUCAGAGCAAGCAAAAUAGUAAUAAUGAAAGAAAAGAAAAUCUCACAGUCCUAAACGACUCAAAGUUGGAUUGUAAAUCACCUGUUAAAGAGUCUGGCAAUGUGCUCCACCAAGCCAAAUAUUCAAAACUCCCUAAACUUGAAGACUUGCCCAAAGAUUUGAUCACAUUGGGUAUGGAGGCAGAUGUUUAUGUUUCACAUUACAACAGCCCGUCAAGCUUCUAUGUGCAGCUUGUCAGAGAAGAGGAUGAAAUAUUCUCCCUAGUUCACAAGCUUAAUGACCCACUAUCCACCCCCAAAAUCAGCAUUACUGAAGUAGAUGUAGGUGACCUCGUUGAAGCUGAGUUUGCUGAUGAUUCCUCAUGGUACCGGGCAUGUGUAAAACAAGUGCUGUCCAGCUCUAUGGCUGUUGUUGAGUUUGUUGAUUUUGGCAACAUAGUUCAGUUACCAUUUUCCAAACUAGCCAAACUCAAUCAGGCUUUUGUGCAGUUGCCAAGAUACAGCACACACUGCAUGUUAAGUGAAGCUGAAUCUCUUGAGGUGCUUGAUGCAGAAGUGGUGUCCACUCUGAAAAGAGAUAUUGGCUCAAAUGCAGAGAAAAUGCUGAAAUGUCAAUUUGUGCAGCAGUCUGAGGUAGUGUGGCAAGUCAUUCUUGAGGAUAAUGGUGUGCAGGUCACAUGUAAAGCACCAGCAAAAUGUCCUAAAAUCCCAUCUGACACUGAACAGAAAGUGGAAGCGAGUGUGCAGAACUCAGAAGCAUCACUGGAUUUCUGUUCUCCCUGUUAUCACCAUAUAGAAUUUAUACAGGGACAACAGCUAGAUGUUUACAUCUCAGCUAUAUGUGAUGCACAUAAAUUUUGGUGUCAGCCUGCUGACUCCAAUGCACUUGAUAAGAUAUCUAAAAAUCUCUCGGAAAUCGGAAAUGCAACUUAUAAUACACACGUCAGCAUGAGUGCUCUCUUACCUGGUAGUCCAUGCAUUGCAUUUUUUGCAGAGGAUCAGCUUUGGUGCCGUGCUGAAAUAUUGAAUAAAGAUGGAGAUAAACUGUCAGUUCUCUUUGUAGACUAUGGCAACACAGCUGAUGUUACCAUUACAAAUGUGAGGGAAAUGCCCAGUGACCUGUUAGAAACUCCAACACAGGCAUUUUUGUGUACGCUUGAAGGUUUUGAUGAGUUGCAUGGCUCUUGGGUUGAUAGUGCUGUCGAUGAGUUGGCUUCAAUUGCAGAAGACAAAUUAUUGCAGAUGAUUGUCACCAAGACAUCUAGAGAAGAUGGAAAAAACAUGUACCUUGUGCAGCUGGAAUGUGAUUGCCAGAGGUUAAAUGAGACUAUGAAAAGGUGGUGGAUGACUUCCACACUGCAAAACAAACCGGACGUCGCACAGCAGAUGCUAGAUGAAAAACUAAGCCAAAUUGAUGCAACCGCGAAAGAGCCAGAAAAUGAACCUCCUGAGAAUGAAGAGACAAGACUUUCUGUUCCUAGUGCACACACUGGUAAAUGGCAUAAUAAUGCUGACUUGUACUCUGUGGUAACAAGUAGUCCAACGAACAUUCAGAGCCCUGUGGAUUAUCUUCACACUUCAGUUCUUUCUACUGAAUCCCCACAAGAAGAGAGGUGUUUGUUUGAAAGCUGGAUCCAACUUGAAACAAGUGAAGGGGUAAAUACAGUGCCCACUGUUUUGAUUCAUCACAUGGAAACCAAUGUUUCACAGAUUGAUAGUGGAAUUGAAGAGAAUGUGUUGCCUUUGCAAAAUAUGGUCAAGAACGUUGAUGAGGAAGCUGCCACUUUGAUAGACACAACUUUGUCAGAUGAGUCUGGGAUUCCAUUGUCUCCAUUUGAAGCACCAGCAAAAUGUCCUGAAAUCCCAUCUGACACUGAACAGAAUAUGGGAAAGAAUGUGCAGAACUCAGAAACAUCACAGAAUCUUCGUUCUCUCAGUUACCAUUAUAUAGAAUUUACAGAGGGACAACAGCUCGAUGUUUACAUCUCAGCUAUAUUUGACACUCAUAAAUUUUGGUGUCAACCUGCUGACUCGAUUGCACUUGAUAAUAUAUCUGAAAGUCUCUCUGAAUUCGGAAAUGCAGCUUAUGAUACACAUGUCAGCAUGAGCGCUCUCUUACCUGGCACUCCAUGCAUUGCAUUUUUUGCAGAGGACCAGCUUUGGUGCCGUGCUGAAGUACUGAAUAAAGAUGGAGAUGAGCUGUCAGUUCUGUUUGUCGACUAUGGAAACACAGCUGAAGUUACUUGCACAGAUGUGAGGGAAAUAUGCGUUAACCUGUUAGAAACUCAUCCACAGGCAUUUUUAUGUAAGCUUGAAGGUUUUGAUGAGUCGCAUGGCUCUUGGUGUGACAGUGCUUUCGAUGAAUUGGCUUCAAUUGCAGAAGACAAAUUAUUGCAGCUAACUGUCACCAAGCUAUCCAGAGAAGAUGGAAAGAACAUGCACCUUGUGCAACUUGAAUGUGAAGGACAGAAGUUAAAUGAGACUAUGAAAAGGUGGUGGAUGACUUCCACACUCGAAAACAAACCGGACGUCCCACAGUGCAUACUAGAUGAAAAACUAGGCCCAAUUGAUGCAACUGCGAAAGAGCCAGAAAACGAAACCUCUGAGAAUGAAGACGCAAGACUUGCUAUUCCUGGUGCUCACACUGGUAAAUGUCCUAAUGAUGCUGACUUGUACUCUGUGGUAACAAGUUCUCCAAAGAACAUUCAGAGCCCUGUGGAUUAUCUUCACACUUCAAUUCUUUCUAGCAAGUCCCCACAAGAAGAGAAGUGUUUAUCUGAAAGCUGGAGCACAAGUGAAGGGGUAAACACAGUCCCCAGUGUUUUGAUUCAUGAUAUGGAAUCCAAUGUUUCACAUAUUGAUAGCGGAACAGAUGAAAAUGUGGACCCCUGGCAAAAUAUGGACACAAACGUGGCAGAGAGUGACAAAAACUUUGAGGAAGCUGCCUCUGUACUGGACACAACUUUGUCAGAUGAGAUAAAAUCUCCACCAGACAAGAACCUUCAGGAGGCCGCAGAUGACUGUGGGAUUCCAUUGUCCCCAUUUGAAGUGGUUGAUAUCCACAUGAGAGCCUGCUAUAAAGUUAGGACCUAUUCUGCUGAUCCAAAAGUUGCUACUGAGGACAACAAGGCUGUAAUUUCAAAUCCAGUUAUGAGUGGGACAAACGUGAAAAUGGUCGCCCGUGAUGCUGUGAUGAACUACAUUCCUCAUGAAACCGUUGUUGACACUACUUCUGCAGACUCUCAACUGGUUCCAAGUGAAUCAGUGUUGCCUUUCCUUGUGCCUGUUGUGCAACAGUUACACGAUCCAAAUGAGCAGAGUGAUGGCAUAAUGGCUGCGAGCAACCAUUGUCAUAUCACUGUGACUGGAGAGGAAAUGGCCCUGAAUGAACCACUGCAUCAAUUUGGGCCUUUUAUUGGGCAAGUCAUUGAAUCUUGCUCAGAACAGCCAUUGAAAAUUAGAAUGACUCUUCCAGAAGAAGGUACAUCUGCACAGGAGGAGAGUGACACUGUGGCAGAAGACACAAUGACAGAUUUUCAAGGUGAACAUUCUGCCCUGUCGUUUGACACAGAGGCUAGGUCCCAUUCGCAUCUCUGUCCAGACAAGGGUAAUGUUGAUGAGGUGACCUGGAUUGCCAGAGACUUGUUUGACAGAUACCCACAGUAGUGAACAAAAAGCGGAUUUGAAUUCAACUGUAUUCGCUCUCCAUUCCUCAUUGUAACUCAUGAAGUGAUCAUACGUUUUGUUUUCAUUGAUAACCAAUUAUUAUACUGUAAUUUUGCUCCAUAUCUUGGUGAUCAAUAUACCUGAACAUCCUAGUGUGAUUGUUUUUUGGGAGUACACCAAGGUAAGAUGACACUUGAUUUGAAUUCAACUAUAUCCCCUCUCCAUUCCUCAUUGUAAAUCAUGAAGUCAUCAUACGUUUUUUCAUUGAUAACCAAUUAUUAUACUGUAAUUUUGCUCCAUCUCUUGAUCAAUAUGCCUGAACAUCCUAGUGCGAUUGUUUUUCUCCUGCU